AGAAAACUUGAGUUCAUCCUAGAGUAGCCAUUUUGGGGGAAAAUGAAAUUGGAUUCCUCCUUCAUUGCUUGCAAAAUUAAUUCGAGGCAGCUGAAAGAUUUAAAUACAAGCAAGUGAAACUAGAAGAAAACAGAUUUUUAAAUGAAUUUAUCACAGUGGGGAAAAAUAAGGGCAAAAAAAUUUACGUGCUGAGAACAAAGUGUGGGGGGUGUGAUAUUUGUACCAAUACAAAGGUGAAUUUCUUUACAGAAUUUUCAGAAUGUGGCAGUCAAGACGAUUGGGACUACAGAAAAAUAGGCAAACAACAGCUCCAGAGUGACUGUAGAACAGGAGGUGUUCCACCUAAUUCAGCGGGAAAUGCAAAUAAGCCUGGUAAAGACUCAGCGAGGGUGGGGGAAAACAGGCCCUCUGGUCUCAGGCAGAGGUCAAUUCCACCUGGCAGCUCGAAUCCUGACUUUAUCUUACAGAUUUGGGUUCAAAUAUAUAUGAAAUGCACUACAUACAGGGAUAUUCAUUUCAAUGUUCGCCGUAGCCAACUGUUGGAUAUGCGAGGUUCUGGUCAAACAUAUCCAUGGGACGUCCCCCUGCAGUGUCACUGAAAGACCAGUGGACAAAGGCAGUGCCAGGUGCAUUGAUACAGAACAGUCCUCCAUGUGCAAGUGAGAAUGAAAAAGCAAGCUGCAGAGCGGUGUCUGGAUGCCAAUGUGUGGUAUCGCCUGUAUGUACAUACAUGCAACAUGUGUAUAUAUGUGGCAAGUAAGCUCUAGGCCCAGCCUGGCGCUUGAACUCACAACCCCGGGAUCAAGAGUCCUGGCAUCCCUGCAUAGAAUGUCUUCGGAAGGACUCAAAGGUAACAGUGGUUGUUUGAGGGAAAGACCCAAGUCACUGGGGAAUAAAGAUGAUACCUUUUGGUACCUUAUGAAUUUUGUGUCCUAUGCAUUUAUUAUUAGCCAAAAUAAUUUUAAGCAGAAACACCAAAGAACAACAAAAAGCGGGUUUGUUCAGCCAGACAGGAACUCCUUUGCAAAUACUACGUGCUGUUCUCACAUCCUAUUUACUGACGUCUCUCUUCUCCACAAUAAAACCGUGAGCUCUUCUAGGACAGGAACCGGCGUACCCGGGGGCUCCAUAAAUAUGAAUAAUUGACAAAAAGAACUAUCUGGGGUCUGCUGUCUUCGCCCUGGAAGUCCUUCAAAUCCCUCUGCCUCCCUCACAGGACCGAGUCAGUUUAUUGGGAUCCAUUCGGAUCUUGAAUGCAGACACCCUGGCCACUUGUAGGCAAGAGCGGGGCCAGUCGGGUAGGAGAGGCCGAGAGUGUGGCUGUGCACCUGUGCAGGCCGGGACGCCUCGCAGCCCCAGGGGACGAGUUGCUCAAGCCGGAAUCUGGGUUGAAGGAGGCGGUCUCUUUAAGAGCUGCUGGCUUGGCCCCGCCCUGCAGAGAGAUCAGCUGCAUCUGGGAGUCACAUGACUGCGGUGUGUCUUCCGCCCUCGGAGGUUGGGGCCGCAUGUGCGGCUCCGAGGGGCCCCGCUGGGGCUGGGGGCGCUGUGCCCCCAGCCCCAUGCUCCUCCUGAGUUUGCUUGCGUCUGCAGCCCCGCUUGGCCUGCUGGGGGAGGAGACCCGCCAGGUGUCUCUGGAGGUCAUCCCUCCCGGGCUGGAAGCCCCCCAGAACCUCCUGCACAUCCGGGCGGUGGGAACCAACUCCACGCUGCACUACGUGUGGAGCAGCGUGGGGCCUCCGGCAGUGCUGCUCGUGGCCACCGACACCCCCCACAGCACCCUGAGUGUCAACUGGAGCCUCCUGCUGUCCCCUGAGCCUGACGGGGGCCUGGUGGUGCUCCCCAAGGACAGCAUCCAGUUCUCUUCUGCCCUUGUCUUUACCAGGCUCUUUGAAUUUGAUGGCGCCAACACAUCCGAGGGGGCCGAGCCUCCGGGAGAACCGUAUCCCCCGUAUUCCCUGGCCAAGUUCUCCUGGAACAAUAUCACGGACUCAUUGGAUCCUGCCACCCUGAGCGCCACAUUUCGAGGCUGCCCCACCGACGACCCCACCGGGGCUUUUGCCAAUGGCAGCCUCACCUUCAGGGUGCAGGCCUUCUCUGGAUCCGGCAGACCAGACCAGCCCCCGCGCCUCCUGCAUUCGGCCGACACCUGCCAGCUAGAGGUGGCCCUGGUCGGGGCCUCUCCCCGGGGAAACCGCUCCCUGUUUGGGCUGGAGGUAGCCACCCUGGGCCAGGGCCCCGACUGCCCCUUGAUGCAGGAGCAACAUUCCAUCGACGAUGAAUAUGCACCUGCUGUCUUCCAGGUGAACCAGCUGCUGUGGGGCUCCCUCCCAUCCGGCUUCGUGCAGUGGCGACCAGUGGCUUUCUCCCAGAGGCAGAGGGGCCGGGAAUCAGCCCUGCCCUGCCAAGCUUCCCCUCUUCACCCCUCCUUGGCAUACCUCCCCCAGUCACCCAUAGUCAGAGCCUUCUUUGAGUCCCACAAUAACUUCUGUGCCUUCAAUUUGACAUUUGGGGCUUCCACAGGCCCUGGCUACUGGGACGCACACUACCUCAGUUGGUCGACGCUCCUGGGUGUGGGCACCCCUCCAUUGGACACCUUGUCCCCACUAGUCCUAGGCAUCAUGGCGGUGGCCCUGGGUGCCCCGGGGCUCAUGCUGCUGGCUGGAGGCGUGUUUCUGCUGCUGGGCCACAGGCAGUGCUCAGAAUACCAGCCCAUAAACUGAGGCCCGCUCUCUGGAGGGCUGGACGUUGAUCCCCGGACUUGCCCUGCUGGUCUGCCAGACAGGGGGUCAGCUGCUCCCUUCUCCCACCUGGCUUUUCUGCAGAACAUCAGGGACACCUCCACCUUUCUGGAGAACCCCCAGAUGGGGCUGCCCUCAUACUCUGGGGAGGGCCAGGGGCAGGGCGAUGGCUGGAGGGAGGGUCCUUUGGUGAUGCCUUACUGCCCCUCUGCCCCCAUUUCCCUUAAAUGGGACUCACAGGCCUAAAUGAGAGGCCUUCUGACUGACUGGCUGCCCUGGAGGGCACGAAAUAGACUCAUUUUCUGCCCUGGG